UGCGUCUUACUGCAUAACUCUUCCGGAUGUGAGAUUAAAUCAGCAGGCUCUUGGGUGAAGGAAGUUUCUGUUUAAUAAGUACUCACACUGAACACAUGGAGAAUCAGAAGAAUGUCACAGAAUUUAUUUUUCUGGGACUUUGGGGAAAUCCAAAAACAGAGCUCCUGUUCUGUUUCCUGUUCUUGCUCUGUUACCUGGCAGUCCUGAUGGGAAAUGUCACCAUUCUACUCACGAUCACCUGCAGCCCCCUCAUUGAACAACCCAUGUACUACUUUCUUUGCCACCUUUCCCUCAUGGACCUCUGCUACACUUCCAGCGUGGUUCCCAGGCUCAUCAGGGACUUAGCUGCUGCGAGGAAAAGCAUCUCCUACAACAGCUGUAUGACGCAGCUCUUCGCUGCUCAUCUAUUGGCCGGCGUAGAAAUAUUCAUCUUGGUGUCCAUGGCUCUUGACCGUUACGUUGCCAUCGUCAAGCCGCUGCACUACAUGGCCAUCAUGAACCGGAAGCGGUGCAACGCGUUGAUUGCCAUGUCCUGGGGGAUAGGAUUUUGGCACUCAAUUGCGCUACUACUCAUGAUACUCAAUUUGCCGUUCUGUGGUCCUAACCAGAUAGAUCACUACCUGUGCGAUGUGAAGCCUCUUUUGAAACUUGUUUGCAAAGACAUCCGUAUUGUUAGUAUCUUAGUGAUUGCUAAUUCAGGGAUGGUGGUAGUUGCCAUUUUUCUCGUGCUGGUGGCUUCUUAUGUACUCAUUUUGUAUCAUCUGAGGGCAAGAUCAUCUGCAGGACGUCGCAAAGCUCUGUCCACCUGUAGCUCUCACGUAAUGGUGGUGGUUUUAUUUUUUGUGCCCUGUGUCUAUACCUACAUAUUCCCUGCAGGAGACCAGAACAAAGACAAGGAGAUCUCUGUGUUUUACACUGUGAUUGCCCCCAUGCUGAACCCUCUCAUCUAUACGCUGAGAAACAUGGAGAUGAAAAUUGCCAUGCGCAAGGUAUGGUCUCGAAUAUCGCAUGAAAAAUUAAAGUAA